UGCAGGGGCUUUGCACUUACUUGCUUGCCUGGUUGGUACUCUACCACUUGCACCAUCUCUAGUCCAGGAGAACUGAUUUCUGAAGACCCAGGGUACCCCAACACCCUACCUUUUCAUUCCCCAAGUAACAAUCAGCGAGGUAGCAUAGUUGUCUGUGAGCUUGACAGAACCUCCCCACCCCCAUCCUGAGUCUGCCUUCUUCACCAUUGAGCUUUGAUCUGGACACAGACCUGGUGCAACAAGGAGGGCAGCGCUUGAGUGAGUAAUGUCUCUUUUCUCCUUCCAUCAGACACAGUGCUCCAUUUGACUGUGUCCUGAGCUCCCUGAACAGUGCGUGGCAGGGAAUAGGUGCUCAAGAAAUCUUGAAGAAUGAACACAAGGAGAGGGGAUUCUCCAGGGUUUAUAGUGUGAGACUCAAUGGCUCCUCUAGUACACCUUUAUUUGGCUCAAACGAGUUGUUUUCUGGCUGGAUACAAACAGGACUUCCCUUCAUGCAAGAAAGGAGUGCAGAGGAUAGCACCUUCCUUGAGAAGGUCAGGAUGGAGAAAAAUUGGCAGAGAAAUAACCUGAUUCUGUGGAGAAGUUGGAGGUCACUCUUCCUUCUCAUCAGCUUUAGGAUUUUUCAGAAAGUGGGAAAUGUUUUCAUUCCUCUGAGGUGGUAAGUGUGUCCCUCAUUCUCUCUAAACUGGGGGUCCUUGCACCAUAGUAAGAACCCUGGGCCUCUGAGGCAGUGUAGCUGCUGAGAGCAGCAUGAACUGUCUAUAUUGGUUAUUAAUGUUUGUCUGAGAACACAGGGUUCAGAUCCUAAAAAUACUCUAUCCUGCCAAAGCUCAAUAGUUGCUAGUGGGGGCUCAUAUAGCAUUGGCUGCAACCUAGUCUGAGAGAAAGAAAGAGGAGGGGCAGACUCACCUAGACUAUGUCUCUGGGAGAGAGUGUGUGAGGCUAGGAAACUGAGGCAAGAAUGGAUGGGGAAUGCACAGGAGACAGAUUUUUUACUUGUACAGAGCAAAGACUUUCAAAAUUAGUGGUGCCAAUUAGUUAAAUUAUGGCAACAUUGAAGGUAAUUGGCGAUCACACUACACUGCAGAAAAUUUCCUUCUUAGAGAGUCUGGAGACACAUCUGAUACCAGACAUAAAAAGUAGUCAGUAGGAACCCUUUCAAGUCCAGCUUCAGCCUGUUCCAAAUGAAUAUGUGGCAAAGAAACUAAAAUCUUCCCUAAGUGCCUUUCUCUGAGCCACUGCCCCAUUCCUGCCUCUUUGUUGCAGCUAGUAUCCCAGUGAGGGUUUUCAGACCCUCUUCUGCAGACAUCCACCUUACUUCUGAUCCCAGGCCUUUGUACAGAACCACUCGCCAGGAGAAGGGACUGCAUGGUGGUCCUAACAUGCAAGAGGAACCCAGGGUCCCAGGGAAGAUGCCAUGUGACCUUGGCCCAUGAGUUGACCUUUCUGGGCCCCUCCAUGAAGUAAAAGGAUGGGGGGUGGCAAGGGGCUGAGCCCUGGCCCAGGCCUGGAAAGAAGGCGGUUUUGGCACCCAUCCAGGCCCCUGACGUCAAUGACUCUCCAAAUAAUGGAAUCAAUAUUGGGGGGGUGGGCAAGCGUGAACCAGGCCCCAGCGAUUAGAAACAGAUCAGCACAAACCCGCAGCUGAUUCUGAUAGAGCUGGUUUGGAGCUCUAGGGUGGGAGGCCUGGAAGGGAUGUGGACCUGAGGGGGUAGGGAGGGCCCCCCCCCUCAGGAAUGGGGAGGUGGAGCCAUCCAGGGUCCAAAGUAGGGUCUCAGCCUGGGCUGAGACCAGGCUGUCUGGGAUUGGUGUGAUGGGGUAGAGGCCCCUGUUCUGGUUCCUUCCUCCAUUGAGCCUAUGGGGUUCCAAGGCUAGGUGGUUUGUGCAUGGAGAUUUCUUUCAGCAAGUGAAUGAUAAAGACUGGGAAAUGGGAAUUCAUCUCCCCACACCCCAGACUUGGGCCUUUAGGCCAUGUUAGGGGUCAUAAGUUACACCCAGAUAGGGGGGAGAGGGUUUUUAGAGAGUCCCAAGCGAGAUGACUUUUGCUUGGAGCCAAGGGGCAUUUUCAUUCCACGAUGGAGAAACCAGUAUCUGAACUCAGAUUGAGAGCUUUACCACCAGUCAGCUCACGUUCUCUGGGCCUCCUAGAAGGCAGCAGAAUCCAACCUUGUCACAUCAUCCUGCCUCCUUGUUUUGGAAGUCCUGGGAAGACUUUGGUCUGGAGGAGGAAGCGGAGGAGGAGGAGGAUUUUGAUGUGUGUGGAGUGUGGUCAGUAGUGAAAAGAUGGCUGCUCCUGUCCCGUGGGCCUGCUGUGCUGUGCUUGCUGCUGCCGCUGCUGUUGUCUAUACCCAGAGACACAGUCCACAGGCAGAGGCACCCCAUGUGCAGUACGAGCGCCUGGGCUCAGAUGUGACACUGCCCUGUGGAACAGCAAACUGGGAUGCAGCUGUGACAUGGCGGGUGAAUGGGACAGAUCUGACCCCUGACCUGCUCAACGGCUCUCAGCUGGUGCUCCAUGGCCUGGAACUGGGCCACAGUGGUCUCUAUGCCUGCUUCCACCGUGACUCCUGGCACCUGCACCACCAAGUCCUGCUACAUGUGGGCUUGCCACCGCGGGAACCUGUGCUCAGCUGCCGCUCCAACACUUACCCCAAGGGCUUCUAUUGCAGCUGGCAUCUGCCCACCCCCACCUACAUCCCCAACACCUUCAAUGUGACUGUACUGCAUGGCUCCAAAAGUAUGGUCUGUGAGAAGGACCCAGCCCUCAAGAACCGCUGCCACAUCAGAUACAUGCACCUGUUCUCCACCAUCAAGUACAAGGUCUCCAUAAGUGUCAGCAAUGCCCUGGGUCACAACGCCACGGCUAUCACCUUUGACGAGUUCACCAUUGUUAAGCCUGAUCCUCCAGAAAAUGUGGUAGCCCGGCCAGUGCCCAGCAAUCCUCGCCGUCUGGAGGUGACAUGGCAAACCCCCUCAACCUGGCCUGAUCCUGAGUCCUUUCCUCUCAAGUUUUUUCUGCGCUACCGGCCCCUCAUCCUGGACCAAUGGCAGCAUGUGGAGCUGUCGGAUGGCACAGCGCACACCAUCACGGAUGCCUAUGCGGGGAAGGAGUAUAUCAUUCAGGUGGCAGCCAAGGACAAUGAGAUUGGGACAUGGAGUGACUGGAGCGUGGCUGCUCAUGCCACACCCUGGACCGAGGAACCACGACACCUCACCACUGAGGCCCAGGCCCCGGAGACCACGACCAGCACCACCAGCUCACUGGCACCCCCUCCCACCACGAAGAUCUGUGACCCUGGGGAGCUGGGCAGCGGCGGAGGACCCUCUGUACCCUUCGUGAUCAGUGUCCCUGUCAUUCUGGCCCUGGCUGCCGCUGCUGCCCCCGCCAGCAGUCUCCUGAUCUGAGCCCGGCAUCCCAUGAGGACAUGCCAGAGCACCUGCAGAGGAGCAGGAGGCCGGAGCUGAGCCUGCAAGACCCCGGUUUCUAUUUUGCACACGGGCAGGAGAACCUUUUGCAUUCUCUUCAGACACAAUUUGUAGAGACCCCGGCAGGCCCGGGCCUGCCGUCCAGUCCCAUAUGUAGACCCACCACAUCAAGCCGGCCCUCCUCCCUCUCUCGGGGGAGAAGGACCAUGCAGCUAACCCACCCACCAAAGACCCCCCCUCCUUUACCCCGGCCCCUCCCUUGGGCUGGAUCCUCCAAUGCCAGCGACUCCUAAGAGCCCUUGGGAGGGCGGGCCUGAGGGGAGCCCCUCACAUCCAGUUUCUCCUCCUGCCCCAGCCUCCUGUCUGUCCCAGGGUCUCUGUUGCCACCAUCAGAUUAUAAGCUCCUGACGCUGGGGGGGCCCAGCCAUCCCCCUCCCCCCAGUGCCCAUACUUUUCAGUCCCUCACCUCAGUCCCCUACCUGUUUUGUAUGACCCUCCCCUGAACCUGUCCUACCCCCAGUAUUUAAUGCCCCCCCCCCCGCCAGUCCCUCUAGUCUGACUCAAUGGUAACUUGCUGUAUUUGAAUUUUUUAUAGAUGUAUAUACUGGGGUGGGAGGGGUGGGGUUGGGUUCUCAUUAAACGUCAUCAUUUCAUGAG